AGGCUGGUGGACUGGCCAGUCAGGAAUGGUCACUCAGGACAGCCAGGGCACCGUGAGGAGCGAGCAGCACCCUGGGGGACCGCCGAGAGGGGCAGGAGAGGCAACAGGCCCUGAGAGAAGUUGCCCAGGCGAGUGGCUGAUCCGGACAGUGAAGGUGGAAGCCGAGGACUACUCGGAGUGGCCGGCCGGGCUAAGCGCAGAGGUGCUGUUCUCGGGGUUGCCCGUUGCGGGUGUCUGCAAGUCCGAGAGCCUCGGCGUCGGGGAGGAGUACAGCGCCAGCGGAGCCCUGGGCGAGCUCUCCGGCUUGGCGCUGCAGCAGUGGCAGAUGCUGAAUGAGGAGAAGCCGCUGGGCUGCCCCCGGUGCGAGCACCCUGGAGCCCCGCUGGACGGCACCCAGGGAGACCCUCGGCCGCGCCCCUUUGCUUGCUCCCAGUGUGGCAAGGCCUUUGGGAAGAAGGCCCACCUGACGCGGCACGCCCGGGUGCACACCGGAGAGCGGCCCUUUGCCUGCACUCACUGUGGCCGCCGCUUCUCCCAGAAGAUCCACCUGGGGUCUCACGAGCGCGUGCACACGGGGGAGCGCCCCUUCCCUUGCGACCGCUGCCCCAAGACCUUCCGCAAGAAGACCCACCUGGUGCGCCACCAGCUGACCCACACGGGGGAGCGCCCCCACCCGUGCCCACUCUGCUCCCGCAGCUUUGUCCAUCGCCGGCACCUGUUGCGGCACCAACGACUCCACGAGGAUGGGAAUGCGGCGUACGAACCGGGGCCGGGGCCAGAGCCCUACAGCCAUGACCUCCACCCCCAGCAGGAUGCAGAACCCCACCGGGAGCCAGCAGAUCUUGGGCAGACCACGGCCACUCCCCUGGAACCUGGGCAGACCGCAGCCCCCUGCCGAGACCCGAGGGACCUGGGGCAGGCACUCCCGCUGUACAGGGAGGAGGCUGACCUGGUGCCGGUGCUCACCUCCUGCCUGGGGCUGCCCCAGCCGUAUCUGGGCCCGGUCCUCUUCAAGGCUCCAGCAGAGCAAGAGCUGGGCAGAGUCCCUUGCAUGGACCACCCGAGGCAGAGGGAGGCCCUCACUUCCGGCCUGGCCUGCCCGGAGCAGGGGCCUUGUGGCGCACUGUGUGGGGUGCAGGGGGUGGCCGAGGGCCGCCCUCUCUGCAUGGAGCAGGUGAGCAAGAUGGAGCCAGUGGAGGAGGAGGAGGAGGAGGAGGGUGCCAGCUCCUGCCCGCUGCCUGAAGAGAAGCCGUUUCUGUGCUCCGACUGCGGGAAGGCCUUUGCUUGGAGGAAAAAUCUGGCUUCCCACCAGCGGCUCCACGCCGAGGGCGGCCGCCCUUUUUCUUGUGCUGAGUGUGGGAGGGGCUUCAGCGAUAAGCGCCACCUGACGGCGCAUUUGCGUGGGCACAUGGGGCUUUUGCCCUACGCUUGCCCACAUUGCGAAAGAAGCUUUGCGCACCGGGCUGGCUUGGCUGCACACCAGUGUGGUGGCCAUGCCGGGCAGCGACCCUUUGCUUGCAGCGAGUGCGGCCGGUGUUUUGCCCACAAGCGGCACCUGCAGAGACAUCGGCGCAACCAGCACUCGGCCGAGCGCCCGUUCUCCUGCGCUCAGUGCGGCCGUACCUUUAGCACCCGGGCCAGCUUGCUAGCUCACGUCAAGUCUCAUGCCGGCCAGCGUCCCUUUGCCUGCCCGCUGUGCGGCCGGGCGUUCAGCCGGAAGUCCCACCUGGCCCGGCAUGAGGCGGUGCACACGGGGCUGCGCCCGCACGCCUGUUCUCAGUGCCCGCGGCGCUUCAGCUCCAAGACCAAUUUGGUGCGUCACCAAGCGGUGCAUACUGGCCUGCGCCCGUACAUUUGCACCCACUGUGCCCGCAGCUUCAGCCGCAAGACACACCUCUUGCGCCACGAGCGCACCCACACCAGCGCCCCUGUGGUGGCUGCUGUUCCCGGCUGGCCUUCUCCCUUGCCUCAGAGCGCUCUGCCCCAGCAGCUGCAGCCGGAGCAGCCCCUGAUCUUCCCCGUGGCUUUUGAGCCCGCCUGGCAGUGACCGAGCGGUCCCCUGUGUGGGCAGCAAGCUGAGACCCAGGACUGUGUGAACCAAAAUCCAGUCAAAGACGUGCCCCACAGUUCCAUGCCAGGAAAUAUCUGGGGCCUGCCAAAACCAGACAUUAAGCAAAUGUACAUAGAUUGGCAUGUUUGACAUUUUGAUAGCUGUGGCCUUUGUCAAAGUCAGCGUAAUGGAACCGGAGGAAACUUCGUAUUGUUUAAUGGAGGGAAGGCAGCAGCGGCUGCAGAGCCGGAUCCCACCCCCAAGGGGAGGGAUUGGAGGCUGAAGCUGUCAUUCACUGGGUAUUGCUUUCAAAACUGUCUUUGGUGCCAACAGGACUGGAAACUUGGCUUUCUGAGAACAAAAAAUACUAAGAGGAUGCUGAGUCUUGAGCCCAGAGUCAGCUGGUGCCCUCACAGAAGGUCACAAACUCUGCACAGACCUGAUCAUAUUUACCCGCCAACCAUUUCAUCUUUUUAAAUAUAAUGGGACAUUAAAUACAAAAUCAUUUUAGUAGCAUAAGGCAAAUGUAAAUUACAUUUUUUUAAAAAUGCUUUUUCUGACAUAAACAAAAAUAAACUAAUUAAAUUCUG